CUAGAAAGUAUUUCUUCUCCGCGUUAAAGAACAAAUUUCCACUUUCAUCUGCUGUGGACUCAACUAAUCCAUGUCGAUUUCUGGGAUCCAAGGCCAGCUGCUCGAGGUCACAGUCGUGGGAUGCAACAAGUUGAAGGACACGGAAUGGAUCUCGAGACAGGACCCUUACGUCUGCCUCGAAUAUGGAAGUUCCAAGUUCCGGACAAGGACUUGUACCGAUGGAGGUAAGAACCCUACUUUUCAAGAGAAGUUCGUUUUCACGCUAAUCGAAGGUCUCCGGGAGUUAAAUGUGGUCGUCUGGAAUAGCAACUCCCUCACUUACGACGAUUUCAUUGGCAACGGAAAGGUGCAACUUCAAAAGGUUCUUUCCCAAGGUUAUGACGAUUCUGCUUGGCCCUUACAGACCAAAACUGGCAGACAUGCCGGAGAAGUUCGACUUAUAUUGCACUACGCCAAUGCUAAUAAACCAGCGAGUAGCUUUGCACCAUCAGCGCCACUCUACAUGACACCGCCACCGACCCAAUACCCUGCGUAUUCAACUCCACCACCACCAAUAGCCUACCCUGCUCCAUCUUCUUACCCUUCAUAUUUACCAACUUCAGCACCAGCAGCAUAUCCACCACCGCCUCAAAUGGUUUCUGCCUAUCCACCACCGCCUCAAAUGGCUUCUGCUUUUCCUCCGCCCCCUCAACACUCCGCCUAUCCUCCUCAGCCAUACCCUCCUCCACCCUAUCCACCACAAAGCUAUCCACCUCCACCACAAGCCUCCCCCUAUUACCCUCCACCUCCAGGCCCGUAUUCAGGAAUAUAUCCGCCACCACCAUACUGAGCAAGCUGUGUAGGUUAUGUUCAUAGACAGAAAGAAUUCCUCAAUCAGUGUGAAGAAAUAGCAGUAUCUGAGGGUGCUACGAAAAGAACGGUUCCAGUUACUGUUCUGAUCGUGGAUUGACUCCAAAAUCAUCAGAAGUGUGUCUUAACAACAUCAAAAUUUGAAUGCUUUAGAUGACACUUUCCUAUUACCU